AUGGAGAUGCAGAACAUCUUCAACGCGCAGAAUCCGGCUCUGACGCUGUCGGGUCUGAACGAGCAGACCCGGCAGCUGCAGAGCAUGCAAGGCUUCGCCGCUGGCAACCAAGGGAUGGCGCACCCUUCCGUCCUCAUACCGGGCUUCGCCCCGCAUGGGGUCCCACUGCCCCAGCCGAUUAGCAACUCGUUGUUCAACGAGGCCCAGACCCGGGCCGCGCAGCAGAUGCAGGUGCAGGCCAACGCCGCGACCCCCACGGGCGCCGACGGCGUCGGGAGCGAUAACAUGAUGACGUACAUCAGCGGACACGAAUCAGGUCGUAGGGUCAAAGCCGAAAUGAGACGACCCACCACUGACCACCCUGCCCGUUCUCCCCUCGGAAAAAAUAGGCGCAAGAUCGUGAACAACGUGGUGACGAAAAUAUCCACGCCCUAUUCCACCGGCCACAUCCCGUGCCCGUACGGCUGCGGGCGGUCGUUCAAGCACGCGACGCAGAAGGCGAUCCACAUCCGCAAGGUGCACACCGGCGAGCGGCCUUUUGUGUGCAAGGUUGAAGGGUGCGGGAAGGCGUUCUACAGCUCGGGAGACCUCAAAAGCCACGAGAAGACCCACAGCGGCUUGAAGCCGUUCGAGUGCCCCACCUGCGGCAAAGCCUUGAGCUCCAGGAACGCGCUCAAGGUUCACAUUAAGGCGCUACACACUCUCGAGCGGCCGUUUAAGUGCGAGGUGCCCAACUGCGGCAUGACGUACAUGACGCGGCUCGACCUGGACCGUCACAUGAAGAAGCACGUCAAGUGGGAGCAGAAGGAGGAGAAGGCGAAGAUGGCCAACCUCGAGAAGCGCACGGAGAAGGCUGAGCGCAAGCUCCGCCAGGUUUUGGAAAAGCAGGUGAAGAAUCAAUCGGGGGAGGCGCGGGGGUCCGUCAACCUCUCCGCGGGCCGGCUUGUGGCGCUGGCGCCUGGCGAGCCCCCCCCCGAGGGCGCCGUCGCCUACUUCGUCCCCAACGCCAACGGGGCCGGGAUGCCUCUGGAUAAGCUGGACGUCACGUACGCCCGGGGUAAGUACCGGCGGGGCUCGUCCAAGUCCACCGGCGGCGACGGGACGUCCGGGAUGGAGCCGUCUUCGUCGCUGCUCAGCCGCGAAGGCGAGGAGGGCGACGGGGACGAUCCCACGGUGCAGGGCGCCACCGACGCGCAAAACGCGCUGAGGGCGGCGGCGAACGGAACGACCGCCGACGGCGGGAACGGGGUGGUCACGCCGGUCGCGGCGCGCAAGACGUACAAGCGGAAGGCUUCCGCGUUGGCGCCCGCCGACAACGCGGGCGACCCCGAAGCCAUGCUCCGGGCGACAAAGAAGAAGCUGCUGGAGACGAGGCUGCGGAGGGAGUACGACCAGGGCGGGUUCAAGGGGGCGAUUCCGUUCCAAUCGUGGCGCCGGGGGCUGUCCACGGAAGUGUGCCAGAAGUUCCAGGACGAGGUUGACAAGCUCGUUCACUCCGGGAUUGACGGGGUCAUCACCGAGGCGGCUUGA